AUGAGCCAUGGAGCCAAAGAGACAGGGGAGAGGCUACUUCUGAAACAAGCUUUUACGCAAGAGAAACUAGGCGUUCCCUGGCGAUCCAGAGAACUCCUGGCGCUGAACUGCUCCGGUAGACCGGCGCUCCGGCACUGGAAGUACUGGCGAGGCUUCUUCCCCCUCUCCUCCAGAGCCCCUGGCAAAGAGGCAGCUGUGACAAAGAAGGGGGGGGGCACACACCGGCGCACCCCCCCCCUGAAAACUCUCUGGCGCCCCCGCGUGGACAGCGGCAGGUACUGCGACGUGGGACCGGGGGGGCGGAUGGUCCUCGGCUCCCUCUACCAGAGGGUCCGGGUCCCGUCCCGCCACGACCUUCGGUUCGGCCGGGAGAGGCUCCGAAAGAAAAGGGGCGGAGCUCGGAUCCGCCCCCGGACCCCCGUCCGGGGUUCCCCCGGAGGUCCCGGUCAACCCCCCGGUGGUCUCCCAGGUCUCCUGAGUUCCCUCCAUGCCCCCCGUACCUUUGAAAUUGAAGACCCUGCCGGACUGCAGGGACUUUGCCAUCGGUCGGAGGUCUUCCGGAGACCGGCCUCCCUCCCUCUGUGCCUGGCAGGGUUCUGGCUCCUGUGGACGGUCCUGAUCCUGUUCAGCUGCUGCUGCGCCUACCGGCACCGCCGCGCCAAACUCCGCCUGCAGCAGCAGCAGCGCCAGCGGGAGAUCAACCUCAUUGCCUACCACGGUGCCUGCAACUACCCGCCCUCCGGCAUGGACCUCCGGGUGCUGGCUUCCUUCAAGCUGCCUGCCUACGAGGAGGUGGCCGACCGCCCGACCACCCCCCCUCCCCCGUACAGUGCCGCCCUGGGGGGCUCUGCCAGCCGCCGGGGCUCCAGCACGCUGACCCUGACGGGCAGCUCGGAGAACUACACCAGCUGCUCCUGUGAGUCCAGCUGCCUGACGUCCCCCAGCAGCACCUCGCUGUCAGCCACUGAGGCCAGCACGCUCAGCGAGGCGGAGGCCGACGGGGCCGGGGCCUGCAGCAGCCGCACGGAGGGCAGCUGGGGGUCAGCCAGCCCCUCGCUGCCAGGCUGUGCCCCGGCCCCGAAGCACACGCUCUUCUCUUCCAACGUGGAGCUCUUUGAAGGUGAUCCGCGGCGGGUCUCCGACAGCGAUGAAACCCCGGACGCCCUGGACGAGGCCGAGCAGCACUUCCGGCACCGCCGCCUGACGGGGGACUCUGGGAUCGAGGUGGGGCGGGGCCAGGACGAGGAGGCCCCGGAGGAGGAGGACAGCGAGGAGGAGGCCACACACUUGCUUGGCAAGGGGGUUCCCCACGCGCCCCCUCAACCCCCGUGUUUGUGUGGGGGACAGACUGAAGGGGAGCCCGAAGACCUGCCUUCCUCGCCUACGUUACCUGUCUGAUGAUGGGGGGUGGGUGGGGGAUAUCCUUCCGGCCAUCUCUGAGGCUGCAGGGACUCGGGAGCAAGCAGUUCACUGUGGAGAAUCACCGCCUUAGUACCGACACUGCCCUUGGCCAGGUCUCGCGUGCGUGCUGUCCUCGUCCUCUUGUCCAGGCAGCGUGUAGCGCCCCUCUCCCUAGCUCUGCGACCAAAGGUCUGCUGUUGUCCCCCCAUCCCUGCCUUGGGGGCCCAAGGACUCUGCAACUGGGAGGGAGGAAGGAGCUGGGCCGCUCGCUUGCCUCUGGCUACUGUAGCGUCUGUGUGUGUGUGCGCACGCAUCCCGCUGGCUCCAUAACCUUUGGUACAAGGUGUAGCUCUUCCCUGUGGAGGUGUAGACCCCUGCCCUGCUCCCUUUCCUCUUGACAGCUGCACUGGGGUUGGAGACUGCUUGGUGCAUCCAGAGGAUGGUUCUGGCCGACAUCUGCUGGAAGUGGGGAGCUGGCCUUCUCUCCCCCCCCAACCCCCCGCUGGAAGCAGCUUUGUCAACCCCUGCCACCCUGGUACUGUUGGGAGUGGAGGUUCAUUCCACCUGUGCUAUCUGAGGGCAGCAGUACGUGCUUAUUAUUAAAGAGAUGUGGUAAUUCUUG